AUGCCGCCGCCGCCCACAGACCAGGCUAAGCUCACCGCGGGCGUCUCGUACGUGGUCCACACUGAGAGCCGCCAGAUUGGCGCUGAUGGCAUGGCGCAGCUGCCACACCUAGUGUUCCAGCCACCAGGGCUGAAAGAGGUGGCUGGCAGCCAUGUGAACGCCCUCGUGCAGACCAUCAGCACCACGGUGACCGGGGGCCCACUGCUGGUGGCCACCAUUGCUGCCGUGCUGCCGCUGCGGGAGGAAAACCACAUGAAGAGUUAUUUGCUACUGCCCGCUGGGCGACGAGAGCUGCUGCAUCAGCAGGGCGGGCGCCUGGUAGAAGCUUCAGCUGGGGCACGCGGGGUGGAGUCGCUGCUCCAGGACCGGUCUUUCAUCUGCCUGCACUAUCACCUUGACCAGCAGGGCCAGCUGCACCCGGUCUCCACCACCCCUGCAUCAGCCGGCAGCAAUGGGACAGCAGUGCGAUACAGUGUGGAGCAGUCUGCGGCUCGGCAGCUAGGAGGUGGCGGCCUGCUGUCGGCGCUUCUAGAUGACGCGCCCCUGCCGCUGGCAGCCCCAGGCACCUCUGCUGCAGCUGCCACUGCUGAGCCUGAUCCAGCACUCAGUAGCCAGCCAUUGGCGCAGCUGAGCACCGCUGAACUGGAGGUGGCACUGCACAAGGCUGCGGCAGAGUUGCGAGCAGCUGAGGUCACAGCAGCGGCAGCAGAGGCGGCAGGUGAUCACGAGAUGCCUGAUUUUGAGGCGGAGGAUGCGGCUGAGGAUGCAGCAGCAGCAGCAGCGACUGCGGCGGAGGGCUACAGUACAGAGGACGGUGUCAGCCAUGUUGCCAAGUUUGCAGUUGCUGAGCUCGAAGGGGAGCAGGGACUGGAGGAGCUGCUUCAAGAGAUGCAGGAGGAAGAGCAGCACUGGCACCAGGAGGAGCUUGGACAGAAUCAAGCGCAGCAGCAACCACCCCGCUGGAUGCGGCAGAAGGUGGAGGCUCCGCUGGUAGGUGCGGGCCUUGUGGCGCCCGGCUUCUGUGACUCCAUAGCGCUAAACAUAUACCACGAUGGCUCAGAAGGAAUCCAGAGCCAUUAUGAUGAUGCCGCACGUUUCUGCCAGCCCAUCCUGUCGCUGCGUCUCUUUAGCGAUAUGAUGGAGGAGGGCGGAUAUGCGGCCAAUGGCAUCAAACAUUGUGUGCGGCCCAUGGACAUGUCGGGAAAGAGCGCCGGCAUGAUCCUGCGUCGUAUCAACCCACCAGCGCCCGCGCUGCAGCGCUGCUGGCCCAACGGCAUGCAGCGGCAGGCGGCAUCGGUACCGGGAUCAGCCGGGCCGCUGGAGGCUCAGCACGUCGGCCACGCGUACCACCUGUUGAGCGAGUUAGUCCGCCGGGUGGAGCACCUGGAGCGGCAGGAGAAGAUGGAGGACGUCACGGCGCAGCUCAUGCUGCUGUCAGCGCUCAGAAAGGUGGAGGCGGCAGACCGGCUGGGGUUCAGCCUGUGCGCGACAGACGCAAAGGAGGCCAGCAGCAGCGAGGCUGCCGCUGCCGCCUGCGUGUUCAGGGCAAGCAACGGGGCCCUGUAA